AUGGCCACUAAAGGUUCUAACGGUGCUGGUGUUUGGAGGAAGGUGGAUUACAGUAGGAAGUCGUUACCUAGGUGGGAUAUCACUAAUGGAGAUGAAGCCAUUGAAUUGUUUUACGAGUUCAAAGCCUUUGGAGAAAUUAUGGAGUUUGUGAUUCCACCUAAAAAGGAUAAAUAUGGUAGGAGAUAUGGUUUUGUGAGGUUUGUUAAUGUGCCGGAUGUAAAAUCUCUUGAGAUCAAACUAGACAACAUGUUUCUUGAUGGUAGGAAGCUGCAUGUUAACUUGACGAGAUUCAACAGACCUGUUCUUAUGCAGAUAUUUUCAUAUCAGAAGGAAAGAAGGGUGUUUAAGGGAGAACCGGCGGGUGAGAAGAGGGGUUAUUAG